AUGGCAGGGAAUGCGUUAAUCUUCAUCUUCUUAUCAGAUCGAACCAAAGGCUCAUCGAGAUGGGUUUUUGUGCAUGAACGCAAGACCUGGAGCGAGGCUCAGAGCUACUGCAGGCAGAGCUACACCGACCUGGCCAGCAUCAGGAACCUCACUGAGAACGAGGAGAUCAGAGGUUUGAUCAGUGACACCUCUUGGAUCGGCCUGUUCAGAGACGCAUGGAAGUGGUCAGAUGGGAGCACCAUGUCAUUCUCUAAAUGGGAUAAUUGUCAUCCAAGUGGAGGAGAUAAGCAUUGUGCGACUUCACAUCUGGGAAAAUGGCGUGCCGAUUUAUGCAGUGACAGAUUUUACUUUGCCUGUUACAGUGGAGCUGUCGUGAAGAUGCAGGUGGUGAAAGUGCGGCUGCAGUCCGCCUCCUCAGCGGACCUGGAGGUCAUGAAGGACGCCUUGUUGCAGCAGCUGCGUCAGAGACUGAAGGACCAAGGCGUGAGUGACGACGUGCAGCUCCGAUGGGUGACGCAGCCUGAUGGGAGGGUCUUCCACAAGGAAGGGAAAGAGGAGAAGGACCAGGAGGAGCAGGCGGAGAGCUGCGGCCCCUGA